CGCUCCCUGCCAUGUGAUCAACUCCGGAAGUAAAUUGUACAUAACUUGACCUCGACACGUACAAUUCAAAUGGAGUUAUUUCUAAAUUUCUUUACAUAUUAAAACAAACAAAAUAUGUAACGUAUACACAAAUAAUUCACCGUGACUUUGUGGGUAGUCGUUGCUUUUUCAAAUGGAUAUUAACUUGCUUUAUUGGAAAAACGAGGGCAAGACAUUCUUCAGUCGACUACGCCUCUGGUUUAAUAUUCUUGACCCAAGUUCCUUGCUCUGCUCUGAUGCUGAAAUCGAAAAUGCCCACUCACUCAUUGGAAGUGUGGAGAGAAUGGUGCAAGAUGAAAAGGCUGGAGAUGCAGCAUGGGUACUUUCUCUUUCUUCUGUUCAUGCUGGUACUGGUGCUAUACUUCCAGCUGUUUUCCGUCCUCAAGCAUUUUUACCAAUAUCAGCCCCUUUGGUUGUUGCCAGCUUUUUGCCACACAGUGGAGUCAAACCGGCUCUAUUCUGGCAGUUUUUGCUUCAGAGUUACAGCGCUGGAUUCAAUCAUGCAAACAGAAACGCAUCUUCUGACAAGGGCAUUAAGACCUCUUUGAAGCAGGGUCUGUUGAUUGUCGGAUCAGUUGCAUAUGCAACAUGUGCAGGGGCAAUUCCUCAAAUAGUCAUACAGCGACUUAGCAUGAGCAGCCCAGCUGUCCAGAUGUUUUUUAGGUCCGUAUUACCAAUACCCCUCUCAGCCUCCCUGGCCUAUUUCAAUGUGGUCAUUGUCAGAAGUGAGGAGUCUGAGAAUGGAAUCCAGGUGUUUGAUUCCAAUGGGAAUUAUGUUGGAAUCUCUCAGGCAGCUGGAGCAAAGGCUGUGCGGGAGACUGCUCUCUCCAGGGCUGCUCUGUUAGGCACUACAGCUGCUGUUCCUAAUCUUCUUAUUUUCCUCUUGCAAAAGGCAAGGUUUCUGCAAAGGAGCCCCCUGCUGGUGGCUCCUAUACGUCACAUUAGCACUGCAAUCGUCCUGGGCCUGAUGAUCCCAGUGUCCUUCAGUUUCUAUCCACAGCUUGGAACGAUCAAAAAGGAAAAGCUGGAAAAAGAAUUAGAGACUGCAGCGGUAAGUGGUGAACUAUUCUACCACAGGGGCCUCUGAGGCACCAGCAAACAAGCUCUGCAGACUGCAGUGUGGGAGCAGGAGGACCAAAUCCGUGUGACUUCACUGACUGGGCAGCACGAGAAGUAACCUUUACGGCCACGGGAUGCAGUGUUGCUUCAUACACUAGGAUGAUGAAUUCAGUCAUAAUUAAUUACAAAUUGAUAAAGGAUGGAGUCCAUGUUUCGAUUCAGUUGAAUUUAAUAGCUGCAACUUGUAAGUGGAUGUAAAUUAACAAUGCACUGCAAAU